AGGUCCAGCCGUCCAGGAUCCAAGGAUCAUCUCUUAUUCCUAAGAGAUCCAGUAAAGGUGCUACUACAAUCUUAUACCUAUCUACAGAAAUGGUGGACUAAUUUAAAAUUAGCAUUAAUAACGGAUGACAUAAAAGCAAUAACUGCGAUCAAAUGUAUUUUAAAACAUCACCGUAAAGCCCAAAUGGUAUGGAAGAUUGCUAUUGGAUUGUAGUAUAUUUGUUUAUCAACUUGUGUCUGUCAAAAACGCAGCUAAGGCAGCUUAAAGGCACAGUUCAGCCUUUUGAACGAUGGUUUUUAAGGCGCAUUUGAGCCCUUUUAAUUGAAAAAACUAACUAGGAAAAUCAAUUAAGCAUAAUUCAAAAUCAGUAAACUCGAUGUUUUUAACAAUAUAAAUGUUUUAAAAUGUUAAAAACUUUAAGUUUGGUGAUCUUGAAUUAUGCUUAAUUGAUUUUCCUAGUUAGUUUUUUCAAUUAAAAGGGCUGAAAUGCGCCUUAAAAACCAUCGUUCAACAGGCUGAACUGUGCCUUUAACUUAAGUUGACAUGCAGAGUAUCAAAAUGUAUCAAAGUGAUGAACAGACAACUUGCAUGUUAGACAAAUUUUUUAUCUAGCCAAUCUAGGCACAAAAAAAGUAAAUUCUCGUUAAGAACUUAUUAAAAUUAGUAAAAGUGCAAAAUUUCGUUGCAAAAUGUUGUAAAGCUUGGAAAAUAUAGCCUUGCAAAGUUUGCAUAUUUUCAGUAUAUUUGUAUUACUUGCGGAAAUUGUUACCAUUUUUGAGCCGAAAAUGGUAACAAUUUCCGCUCGUAAUACAAAUAUACUGAAAACUUGCAAACUUUGCAAGGCUAUAUUUUCUAAGCUUUACAACAUUUCGCACCCAAAUUUUGCACUUUUACUAAUUUCAGUAUGUUCUUUUUAGCUGUUGUGUUUUAUCCCCUUUUCUCCGCUUAGAUUAAAUUUUAGUCUAACAUGCAAGUUGUCCAUUAUUUUCCCUAUGGAUUCGAGACGUCUGUUUAAUUAUAGUAUCAAGGAUAACAAACAACCACAUACCAAAUUUGACAAGGCUGCACAAAAUGAAAGAACUGUUUAUAUUGAACCACUCUCGAGCAUAUUUUUCAUACUUUCAUGUAUACUUCGCUGAUUUUGUAUAUAAAUAUAAUAAAUCCCAAAUAUACUGAAGUAUGCAUCACAUGAAUAAAGAUCAAAUGCCUAAAGACGUUCAGUAAAACCGAUCCAACACGCAUGCAUGCAUAUGUCUCAUCAAUUUAUGUAUACAUAAUAUAUAACAGCAAGUUGACAUAGGUGCAAGGUGAAUUAUUAAUUUCCAAACACAGCUAUGCGUUCAAUGGCGCUUUCCAUUUAAUGGCCAGACUGGUCAUACCAGAAUUUCCCUCACACGUAUUAAUGGAAAUUAAGAUCUAGUGGCGAAAAUGAGUCUCCGUCAAAAUUGAUCCAAAUUUUCGGAUUAGAUUGGCCCGAAGUCCAAAUGUAUUGUGUUUCAUUCAACAAUGUGACCGUUCUGACCACGGCCUCGCCGUGUUAAUGCAUGGAAAGCUCCCCAAAUGUCAUAUAGCGUCAAAAAUAUCACUUAGCUAUAUCGUAUGAAAAAAAUGCCGAUUAUUGAAAUAUAAUACUUUGGCCCAAAACUUUGAAAAAUAGAAAAUGCGAAAAAAAGACGCAACAUCAAUUCCGGUUGAAGAUAAUCAUACAGUGGAGUAUUUCUUAAAUACAUGCAGCAUUAAACAUUUAAACCUUCUCUAAAUACAGAUCCAUAUAAGUAAUAUAACUAUAUGGUGGAGAGAAUUAUAUGGCGGAAACUACUUAAACUUACAAAAAGUCGUAAAUUACAAAAACUUUUGGUAAUUGCAUGAUUGAAAGAUCUCUACUUUAGUGUAAAUGAAUAUUGAAAUACAUGCAUGUAUAAUUAUAGGGAGACAUUUUUUGUUGUUAAUUGUUGAAACAAAAUUAACUUCUUUCCUCUAAAUAGUUGCAUGUGCAGGUUUUCAUUGGGUACAGGUGAUUCCUAAGACCACAGUAAUACUGGAUCAAUAAUAAAUUAUCCUUGCUAGAUCUGUAUAUGAAAAACAAUUCGGAACUGAUAUAGAGAAAUCCAGUAUUAGUUGGAUACAUGCAUUCAGUUAGUUUAGUUUGUAUAUAUAUAAAUAUUAUAGGACCAACAAGGGCUGGCCUUUAUAUAUAUUCGAUAUCUGCAAAUGGAGCAGUUUCAAGCUGAUAAAGCUAUCCAGAAUAAAUAUAAAUUUGGUUCAGUUAUAGCAGAAGUACAUUAUAGAGCUGUCAAAAGCCAUCUAAUAUGGUCCAUAUAGUUGACUUUGAUUGAAUAUAUUUGCAUAAAAUUCAUCAACCGCGGCUACUGUUUCCAUUCAAUUAGAAUUGUAAUUAGAAUUUUAAUUAAAAUCUCUCUCAUAUAAUUACUUUGGAGCACCGAUAACAAUUUAACAAACACAACGGAAAUAAUGUCUGAAUAUUUAUCAUGGUCAUCAAUGCCAAAUUUACACGAUAAAAAUGCAGUAUAUUUUCACGAAGUAUAUAUAUUAUUACGUAGUUUGGUUCACGAAAUGUUAAAGAGUGCUUGAUACAAUAUAGUCGAUAGAUAGAGCAGAAAUAAUUGUUUUACCUCAAAAGGUUGCCACAAAGCUUGUUCGUAUAUAUACAUAUAGCUUAAGUUUUUGGUUUACGAAACACAAACAGUGCUCAAUAGACAAUACCAAAUAGAUAGAGCGUAAUAUAGUUUUUCGUUUUAUCUCAAAAAAACCACAACAGUCUGUUUCAACCGUAUAGAAAAUACAACAGUCUGUUUCAUCCACAAGAAAAUUUAAGAUUGAAGAUAUAUAGAUAUACGAAAAUUUAAAAUUAUAAUCUUUUGUCAGAAUACAUGGAAUUCUUUUUUUGGUAAAAAUAUUAAAUUUCAUUAUUCGCCCAUGCAAACUCAGUUGUGCGAUUUGCAUUUUCAAAAGCGGAAUUAUGCAUCAGCCGCAUAUAAUCCUAUAUAUUAUAAUAUACUUAACUUGUAUAUGAUAUAAAUUUAAAACAUGUAAUUGUGUCCUUUUCAUGCACAAAGCCAAAAUAAUUCAAAGUCAGCGUAUAUUUGACAUAUACAUAUAAGCAUAUAUAUAAAACCUUUACCUUUUAUUAAGCCAGUAUAUAUGCAUACGUUUAAAGAAUCUACCACAAAGAAUAUUUCAAGAUUAUCAUAGGCCAUGUAAUCCUAUAUAUAAACGUAGUUUAUUCUUACUGUAAUAAUAUACAAUGAAAGAAUUACUCAAUUCCGAUUGGCUAAGAGAAGUGCAAAUUUAUCCACAUACACUCCCAAAAAUGUAAUUCAGCGCCAAAAAAGUAAUAUGCGGCAAAUGUCCAAACACAAUCACUUUGGUUUAAGUUUUGACUUCUUACAGCUACCAACUUGUAUUAAGUUGUUGUUCCUUUCAAAUGAGCGAGCAAGUCACUCAUCAUUGCAUGUGUUUCAUGCAUGCAUGUUCACCAUAAAGUUUGUUUUAUUCGUUCUUCUAGAUUAUUACAAGAUUAAAUAAGUUUUGUCUAUAACGUUUCGGUUUCCUGCACGAAAACCAUUUUCAAAGACUUGAACGUUUUUUCAUCAUGAAGUGUUAAACAAGUAUUAACGCUAUACGUUUCGAACGAAAUUACUGAAGCUCAUGUGCAUUUCUAGAAUUCUAGUAUUAACUAUAUUUCUAUUCUAUAGUAUUAACUAUUUCUAGUAUAAUGCCCCAUACAGACGGGCGAGUUUUCCUUGACAGCUCUUGACAAGUUUUCCUUCACGAGUGUAUCGCAAAAUAAUAACAAUUUUUCCUUUGUGAAGGAGCCUUGUUCCAAUGCUAUAGUCAUACCAACUUUUGGACAAGGAAAAUUUGUUCGUGUCAUGUACGGCCGCCAAGGAAAACGUGACAGGUGUACGAGAAAUAUACAGUAGGCUACUUCGAUGGUUUUGGCAAAUAAAAGGCGGCCUUGUCGUGAGAUAAAUAUUUAACAACAUUCCGCGUACACACAGCAACAAAACUUGUCAGGAAACUUGUCAAGGAAAACUUGUUGACCGUACACACGAAAAGAUAAACUUGUAUGAAGGAAAACUCACUUGUCUUUAUCGGGCUUUAAGGCCUAACAACUGCCACUGUGAAAUUUCUAAAUACAUACAUAGUAUAGUCCGUUUAUAUAUAAAGAGAGAUUUCUAUAAUAAGCUAAAUUGGUAAGACUAAAAAUGUUUUCCUACUUUUUGUUCAAAAAACUAUACAGUACAGCAAGACACGCAUUAAGCAAAAACAAGACAUUUAACAAACAUUAGAUAAUGUAUAAAGUAGUAUGUCAAGAUAAUUAUUGCAAACAAACUCUAGACUAACCUUUUAAAAAAUCUUCCACAAAACCCUUCCAGAUCUUUCUUGUUUCAGAAAAAUAACAUUUCAAAUAGGCAAAGCAUUCUCGUAAUUUCAGCAAGCUAAAUAUGAAAAAAACUAAGCUUUUGUACAUUUAAAAUUAAAAUGUAUAAUUUCAAGUACGUUUCGAGAUAAAAACACACAUGAAGCUUUUAGCAUGCAAUAUUAAUGCUUGCCACUUAUUGGCUAAAAGAAAAUAACAUUAGCCUAUAUAGUGAGUUAAAUUACUUCACAGCUUGUUUUUAAAAUGCUUACCUUCCGGCAGAAUUUAUUUAACGAUUUUCCAAACAGUGUCAAUUGAAGGUGCUUUCCCACUAUAUUUGAUGUAAGCUUAAUUUAUCAGCUGUUUAAUUGGGGAAAUGGCGGCAGAUGUGAAGGAUAUGUCGUUUUAAACGGUUUUAGUUAAAUUUAUGCACGCUGUUUCUUUCUUCAGAGCUUUCUAAGCUAGACCGUUGAAACCAGAGUGAACUGAGAUAAAAUUUGGCUAUAGCAUUUGCUGAUAACUGAUCAGAAUGUCGGCUUAGCGAAAUGGGAUUAUAUUGGCAAUUUGGCAUUGACACUUGGCAGAUAUUGCCCAAAGAGCAAAGCGGUUGUUUUCUUUGCUUAUCGUUUCCGUUUAAGUUACAUAGUUUUCGGUAUGGAUGUUGCCUCUUAUUAAUCCUAAUUUAUUUUUCAAAAUAAAUUGCUCCCAUGUAACAUUAAUGAGUCAAUAUAAAGGUCAGGUAUAUAUUUGUUUCCAACGGCGGGAUCAGCUGUGCUGUUUUCUAACAAAUCGCAUGGCGGCACUCACGUUUAACGAUUUAUCCUUCAAAACGGGAAUUUUGCAUGAAUUAAAGAAUUUCUAAUUCCAGCGAGUUGAAGUCCUUUUAAUUAAGAUAGCUGUUUAAGUGGGGUGUGCUAAUCAUCCUUUCUUCUAACUGAGAGCUAUAAGUUGAAUUGGGAACAACGCAGCUCAACCUGAUCGAACCGAAGGCUUUCUAUAAGGGCGCCUCUGGCAGCCACCUUAUGACUCAUGUCUGAUCACGGAGCACAGCUACGGUGGACGGGUCAGUUAGGGGGCGAAUCCCAACCCAGGCCUGUCAACAUUCCUUGUAGGAGGAAACCGGAGUACCCCAGUGCUCUCACUUUUAAGGAAUUAUCCUUAAAAAUAGGAAUUUUGAAGUGUUUUAAGGAUUUUUUUAAGGAAUUUAGGUUUUGAGGAUUUUUUUUAAGGAAUUUCCGAAACAUUUUAUCCUGGACUAAAAACGUUGGAUGGAGGAUAACCCAUGCCAAGCAAAUGAGAUUUAAACUUGAAAGUAGCAACAUUAUACGCACAUAAUUACAUAUAUUCGUAUGUUCUCUAUGUCAUAAAUGUACAUAUGGCUGUCUUCCAUUAAAAUUCUCAAAAGUUGAAUGUCAGUAUAUGCUGUUUCUUCUGAAAUCUACAGAUUUUCUAAGCUCUUCAUGCAGCAACGAUUAAAAAUACAUCAUGUUGAAUGUUUUCUUUAUGGCAUUAUGCUAACAAUCAAAUGUUUGGAGAAAAUGGAGAAAAAAAAACUUUUUGCAACUAUAUGAUCAGGCCUUGUAGUAAUUUUACCAAUUUAAGGAAUUUUAAGAAAAUCUGAGGAAUUUUCGAGCUUUUUGUAAGGAAUUCGAAAAUUUGAUUGUGAGAGCACUGGAGUACCCGGAAAGAGCCUACGACUUUCGGUAGAGCGUUGAUGUUUUCACAUAACUGCGAGUCCUCAGCGAUAAUCAAACCCACGUAAAUUUUAACCUAAAGAUUAAAAGGUGAUGCUAUGACGAUCGCGUCACCGAAGUCCCAAUAUUUCACUUAAUAUCUAUAUCAAGAGAACCUCUAAACAACGGGUACCUCACGGAUAGUCACGGAAACACUUGACUUGAACUCAUCGAGCAGAAAUCAAGAAUUUUUGGGGGGAAUUUCAAAGGUCUUGCUGAGGAAUUGUGAAAUUUGAUUCUAGGCUAUAUAAGAUGCUAAUGUUUAUGUUUAUUUAUUUUCCCGCCAAGAUGAAAAUUGAACUCAUCGAGCAGAAAUCAAGAAUUUUUUUAGGAAUUUCAAAGGUCUUGCUAAGGAAUUGCGAAAUUUGGUUCUAUAUAAGAUGCUAAUGUUUAUGUUUAUUUAUUUUCCCGCCAAGAUGAAAAUUGAAGAAUUUUCUCGCAUCCAUAUUGCUUUUAACACCAAAGAUGGCAAACGUUAGAGAGAAAACUUAAAUUGUAACCCUUCCGGGAAUAAUAACCAGACAAAAAGCACAUUUAGGUAAUAAAAAUGUUAAUUUUUGCAGAUUUUUAACAAUCGGCGGUAAGAAUGAAUUCGGACGCUCUGAAUCGGCCGCUAUAUUCGCUAUAAUUGCUGUAAUUAUAAGUCUCGUAUAUUAAUUAAUUUAAGUGUCGGAAGGGACAAUUAAAAUAUACCUGCAUGUGAAGUUGCUAUAUUUUUCCCAAGAGAACUUUGCAUAUGUUUAAGACUAUUAAAUAGUUUUCAUCCCAGCCGCGUUGGAUAUAUUGUUAAUGGUUGAUGUACUACUAUUUCCUAGGCAUUUUUUCGUUUGUUUUCCCCCGCCAUAUUUAUGUGGCUUUAAUUACCGUCACGCGUUUUUUUUUGCGCCUUUUCCUAAACAUCAAUAUUGAUAUAUGUUUUUUUUUAUUAUUCUAAACACUUUUUUGACGCAAUUUUGAUUUUCAGGUACCCUCUUCCUUGAUAUAAUGAUAUUCUCUCGUACCCGUGAACAGGCUCUGAAGGAGGUGAACCUUUGCAGGCAUUUUAUAAUAUUUUUCAUGCGAUAUAAUUAUUCAUAAUUUAACUGUUCUUCAUCGUGCUCCCUUUUCGAAUUUACAUAAAAAACUAUUAAUCAAGGACGUCAAUCCCGAGGGGAUGGGGGGACACACCUCCCCCCACACAGCUAUCUGAGGUGGGGGUUAAAUAUAUAAUCAUCCCCCCUCCACACACACACACUUUUUACCAUAUUUUCCUUACUCUAUAGCUAGGAUUCACGAUACAUGAUUAACAGUUAUUCAGCUUAACAGUUAUUCAGCGUCUGAAUGACAUUAUGACUGACAUCAUUUUGCGAUUGAAUUUUUCAAAAAAAAUAUUUUUCAAAAACUCGAUCUUCUCCAAAUGAGCAUAUAACAACCUUUGAAAACGUCCCAUUCCACAGCAGCUCUGUUUCAAUUGGGCAACAAAGACUUGCAUAAAUUUUGCCCUAAAUAUACUUGUUGUGAAACUAUUGCAAAAUCUAAAGGGGAACAUGCUUCCAGGUGUGCUCACCGGUUCCGCCCUCCCCCCCCCACACACUUUCUGGAAUAGAUUAUUCCCUUUGCUAUGAAUUUUAUGUUCCAAAACUUGUUUCACAUACCAAUGCGUCCCGUAUUAUUUCCAUCUACUGGUGGCGCGUGAAUUCUUCUCGAGCUUGAUCUGCGUACCUGCAAAUUCGAACAACGAGUCAAUAUUGAAUGAAAAGAACAGUACCUGUCAUCUUGAGAUGAAAUCAAUGGAAGAUGUAAUUUAGCGAAGAAAAUACAGCCAUAUGCUAGUAAAAUCAACAUGGAUAUACUAAAUUAUGUGAUGGCUAAAGACAUUGGUGGCAAAGUGGAUCAAAUGUCGGAGUAAUUGGAAAGAAAUAACGGUUGUUAUGGUAUGUCACGUGAAUUUUGUUUAUAACUUUGUAAAUCACUUAUCACUUUGUAAAUAUAAUUAAUACUGCGUUGCUAAAUAUAAUUAUUAUAUAAGAAUUUUAAGAUAGAAAGAUCCCAUACAACGAUUUUGUUUAAUAAGGGGAAAACAACGCAUUUAUAAUUCGGAAGAGAUUCGAUCCGCAAGCUCGACUCUUUAUAAGCGCCAAUAAUAUGCCGUGAAGAUUCGAGCAUACGAAUGCCUUGCUAUGUAAUCAUUCGAUUUUUACUGAAUUUUCCGCAAAAAAGAACUGUAACUAUUCAUCGUUUCUUUUCGUUUAUCAUUCACUGACGAUUUCUGAAAAACAAGGUAGAAAUAUACUUUGCUUUUCAGAAAUCGACAGUGAAUGAGAAACCGGAAAAGAAACGAAAUUCGCCUUCAUCUAGCCACUGAACUUAAAGCAUUCUGACAAGACAAUUUUACUUCUAAUAGGGAAAAUCCAACGUACCGGUACAUUGAAUGUUUAAAGUUUUGGUUGUUUCUAAACUUGCGAAUUUAAUGCGAUAGUUUGCGACAAAGGCACGACAUAAAUUUUGGAUGACAAUUAUAGUAGAAAGCGUCGACGACCUUUACAUGAAAUGUAGGAAAUAAUAACACCAGUAUCUAGUGACCAAAUUCACCAAAUAUCGUUCUGUAAACUAGAUUCAAUCUUGUAAAGUUCGUUAUUUUCUGAUGCUACAGAAUUUCUCCUAAUAUGUUAAUUCCAUCACUUCUGCUGGCUAUAUCAAUAUGGAUAAACCUCUGGCCUGAUGUAGCGAUGGCUCAAGGUAGGGUUUAUAUAUAAUUUUGGCAAGCUGAAACAACCCUCGUAAAACUCACUAACACUCUGAAAAACUCACUAAACCAUAACUCCAUAAUUGUGUUCUUCUUAGAAAAACCCUAUAGAAGGGAUUCCUUGUUAGUUCAGUGUUAACGUGCUACAUGCAGGAUGAAAAACCUUUUGUAGAGAGUAACAAGAUGUUUUGUAGAGAGUAACACUUCUCAGAAACAACUGAAGCGAAAUUAUACUCAGACACUUGCAUAUGGCAUGAAUAAGAACUCGUUCUUAGAAUUUAAAGACACAAACCAAAAAAAUUAAAUACUCCACAAAAUUAAUCUUGAAAACCACAUUAUUCCAUAGUUUUCCAGUAUUUCUUGGUGGACAACAACAAACAGACGGCAUCGGUGUUGGACACCAUAAAACUACCAACAUGCACGCAUAUAGACCUGAAACAAAACGUCACCCUUCGCGGUGGCAUAAAAUCUGGAAAUUUCACCAAAUUGGGUGAGGUGGCAGACAUGCAAACGUGUAUCGACGCUUGCUGUCAGGAUUUGAAGUGUGACGUAGCCUUUAUGGCAGAGACGACUUGUUAUAGUUUAAGGUGUUUUAGUGACAGACUCUGUCAGACUGUGCCUGCGAAGCCACGAAGGAGUAAAAAGAAUGUUCAGAUUUCACAUAUAGUGCGAGGAGGUGGGAGGGGCGAUGAUCUCGAGACGUUUAGUCAACAGCAAGGCAUUGAAAAAUAUGGUGAGUGAUGCAAUGAUUUAGUAUUAGUCACGGUUAGGUGUCACCAUCAUCAUCGCCCUCAGUAUGAUAAUCAACAUGAUCGUCUUCAUCACCAACACCAUCACUAUAAAACUGUCACCAUCGCAACCAUCAUCAUAACCAUACAUUUAUUAAGUAUUCUGCCCUGGUUAGGUUUAAGUUAUCAGGGUUAUCAUUAAGGGUUAUCAUCAUCACCACCAUUAUCAACCAUUAUCACCACCAUCACAAUCACUACCAUAACCAAGACCAUUAUCAUCAUCACUACCAUCAUCAUCACCACCACCAUCACCACUAUUCCUACCAUAACCAAGACUAUCAUCAUCACAUCCAUCAUCAUCAUCACCAAAACAACCACCAUCAUCAUCACUACCACCAUCGCCACAAUCAUUUCGUGUUGACUAAUGAAAAACAUGUUUUCAAUACAUGUAUAUAGCCAUUGUCAUUUCAUCCAUUGCUUUCAUGACGAUGGAAUCCAGAAUCUACGAGUCAGAUUCCUUCAUUGAAAAACUAUACCAUGGCAUAACCUCAUAUAUUAUCUUUAUUUCAGUUCCAAAAGACAAGACCAAAAGAAUUUGCACGCCAAGCAAAAGUGUCUACAACUCGUCUCUACGAGGAGGAAAAUACGCUGGAAACAUGGCACCACUAAACGUCUCAAAUAUUUACGAAUGUAUUGAAAGAUGCUGCAACAGACCGCAAUGCGAUUUAAUUUACUGGCGGAAGGGAAGAUGUCACGCCGUUUCUUGCUAUACGGAUGAACUGUGUAAAAGUAGUCAGGCGGAUAACAAAGAAGAGAAUAUUUUGGUUUAUAUCAAUACAAGGCAGCAUAGACGACUAAAGGACAAAGGUAAUACAGUUUUCUUCUAAGUAUCAUAUACGAACGAAACUCAUUUGAUUCCUCGUUGAAUAGAAAGAUUUUGUUUUUGAAAAGAUCUUCCUUCGCAUAUUCUGAAUCUUAGGGGUAUGCAGCAAAGAAUGUACAAAUGGUUUAUGCAUCAAAGAUAACACUUGUGCAUGUGACGUUGGCUUUCAAGGAAAUCAAUGUAAUCGACCAGCAAAAAAAGGUAAUAUCAUCAUUUGUCGUUGGUGGUGGUGUCGUUGCAGCUGCUGCUGUUGUUGCUAUUGUUGUUGUUGCUGUCGUCGUGGUUGUUAAUCUUUCUAUUAAAAUAGUGCUGCUGCUGAUGUUGUUUUUGUGAAUCGACGUUGCCUUCGUUGUUGUGUUAGUUGUUGCUGUCGCUUGUUGCGCUGUUGUUUGCUUUUUAUUGACGCUAGUGCUUCUGAGCAUUUUUUCGCUCGAUUUUCAUUUUACAGGAUUUUGUGGCGAGCAAGGAUGCGGGCAUAAUGGUCGCUGUCAUACAAACGACACCUGCGUUUGCAGAAAAGGAUAUUUCGGUUAUUUUUGUGAAAACACAUGUAUGUAUGAUAAAUAGUUAAGAUUAAGUUAAUAAUAUAAAAGAAUAGUUAGCCUAUUUACGAACACCCUUCUCUCCAAAUUUCCCAUUUUAGAUACCAUCUAAUGUCAACAUUUCAUAUUUUAUCUACUUUUAAUUGAUUUUCAAAUAUUAAUGCAUAAAAUGCCAAAAGUAAUAAUGAGCAAUUUCCAUAUAUGCCAAGCUAAAUAGUUUUUUGUGGCUUUCAAUUUUUCUUCAACACGACGUAAAGCAUAAGAUAUUUACAUCAUAAUAAAGAACUUAAAAUUCUUAAAUUUCCGUUAAGUUUCAGUUUUCCUUUUUCCGACUAGCAUAUCGUAUUUCUUCCCACUUUAGUACAAUGUCGCCCUAAAUGCCAACAUGGCGUGUGUCUGGAUAACUCAACCAAAAACUACAAGUGCAGAUGCGAUAUUGGAUGGGAGGGAACACGCUGCGACAAGGCUAAUGGAGGUGAAUAUUAAAAACAAUUUUUCUUACCUUAUAAUGAUGCGCGAUUCUAAUUUCAGCAGAACAUCCAAGCAUCACAGCAUUUCACCUCAAACUUUCUUUUUAGAUAUUGUAGUGGCUUCUGAUGAUGGAGAGGAAGUAUUAUUUACAAAAUUCAAGGAAAAAGAUAAUUUUAUGGGGGUGAGAUUUAGAUUUAAGCCCUUAAGCAAUGUUUAAAUAACGAUACCUCAAAUGUGGAGGUCCAUUGUUUGUAGUAUUCUACAAUAAGUUAUCGUAGUCAAACGUGGUGGUCUAGCCUAGGUAGUAUUCUACAAUAUGCUGCCGUGGUUUGUGUCUGAACUAUCUGAAAAAGGUAUCUCAAACGUGGUGGUCCAGUGUAGGUAGUAUUCUACACUAAACAGCCGUGGUUUGUGUCUGAACUAUCUGAAAAAGAUAUCUCAAACGUGGUGGUCCAGUGUAAGUAGUAUUCUGCAAUAAGCUGUAAUGGUUUGUGUCUGAACUACUUGAAAAAGAUAUCUCAAACGUGGUGGUCCAGUGUAGGUAGUAUUCUACAAUAAGCUGUCGUGGUUUGUGUCUGAACUACCUGAAAAAGACAUCUCAAAUGUGGUGAUCCAGUGUAUAGGACCUAAAUCCUUUACUCCUUUCUUUUUAGCGACCGGAUGAAGGGCCAAAUGAAUCAAUCUCAUCAAUAGGAGUGGCUUUAAGCUGUGCCCUAGCGGCCGCGAUAUUGGGCACAGCGGCAAUCGUAUUUGUCACGCGUCGUAUCUUGAAAAGCCGUUCGACAGUGAAUUACGAAAUAUUACGUGAGCCUCUGAGACACGAGACAAAGAAAUAUCAAUUUUCAUCGUAA